AUGUCAAAUUCUAAGCAAAGACCUUAUGAGCAGGAAAACUAUUCUGCUUCACCUGAAAUAAUAUAUUAUGGUGACCAGAAAUUUAACUAUACUGUUAUUCAAAAAAGUGUCUACCCACCAGUUGCGCAAUUGAAAUUUACAGAAGCACCUAAUUAUUUUCCUGUGUCUUAUAAUUAUAUUAUCAAAACUACCUGGGCCGGUCUAAUAACUCACCAAGUUGUUUUAGUUCAAUCUACAUUUGAUGCUUCUGUUGAAUUACAUAAUAUUGAUGCACACAUGAAACAAUUAAUACCAAUUAAUUUUGUUGACUUAACUCCUAAUAUUACACCCAUUUUUUCAGAAAACCCUGAUAUAACUGAUCUGAUAAUUGUUGAGCAAGUUAACAGUGCAAUUGGUAAAGGUGCAUAUCGAAGUAUUAAAAAAAUUCUUAAAUAUAUAGUACCAGCAUAUAUUCAAAAUGAAAAAUUAGAUCCAGCAUCGCCAAUUAUUCAUUUUCGUAUCUCUGGUGAUGGUCAUAAUGUUAUACAAAAGGUAAAACACGUUAUGAUCACUGUAGCAUUAUUAGAUGAUUCAGCAAAUCUUUUUGGGCCAAAUUACCAUUAUACAGUUGUUCUUUUUCCAGGAACUGAAAAUUAUUCAACCUUAAAAAUUGCUGCAAAUGCUCUUAUUCAAGAAUUGCAAGAGCUAAGCAGUAUUGGAAUGAAGAUUUGUGAUACUGAUGAUAAUUGGUGUUAUACUUCACUGAUAAAAAAUGAUAAGCUUUGUCGGUGUUCUUCAAAAUUUAAUUUGGCUAAGCUUUUUAAUCCAGAACGUGCUGUAUUAAUUAGAAGUUUAUGGAAUGGAUUUGCUGAAUUGUAUGAUCUUUUGGAAAAAAAAGAAACAAAUCCACACUAUUUUUGCUUAAAAGCAAAAGAAUGGUAUGAGUUAUUUUUAAAAAAAACUGUAGUAAAUCCCGAGACUAAUAUUAUUUUAGUACAAGGACUUUAUCGAUCUUCAGAUUUAAUUUCUUAUAUUCAUGUCUUAGUAUCACAUAUUUGGGAAUUUAUGUUUAAACAUCAAAAGUGGGGAUUAAAUUCUUUUUUGUGCAGUGCUGUCAAAAAAAAAAAUCAUAAUCAUAUUUCUUAUUUUUUUCGUAAAACUCUUAAGAAUAGUGGAAAGUUUCAAAAUAAAACUUCAGCUAUUCGAGAGAUUAUGGAACAUGAAAAUUGGCUUUUUUUUUAUACUCAAAAUAAUAUUCCUCUUUCAUAUUCUAAACCUCAAUAUAUUCAUAUUUUAUAG